AUGAUCUCCGAAAAAACUCAACGAACAAAGACAAUUCAUCAGCCACCGUUCUCGUUUUCUUUAAUUCCUGACGAAAUCACAGAGAACAUUCUUGCACGUGUCUCGAGAUGGAACUAUCCGUCGCUUUCUCUCGUCUCAAAGAGAUUCCGGUCUCUCGUUUCUUCUAUGCAAAUCUAUAAGACUCGAUCUCAAAUCGGAUCCCAAGAAACAUGCUUCUAUGUCUACUUAGAGUUGCGCAACAACCCAUAUCGAAGCUGGUUUAGUCUUUGGACGAAACCUAAUCAAACCCCAACCAAACUGAGAUGGAAAAAUUGGUAUAAGAAGGAUUCAAGUGGAAAAUUUUCGGUUGUUCCGUUACCUUUCUCUUCUUCCCAUUCUCCUCACAUAACAAAUUCCACCAAAAUUAUUGGUUCGGAAAUCUACAUAAUCGGUGGACCCUUCGAGGAACCCUCUUCCUCUGUUCGGAUACUUGAUUGUCGCAGUCAUACUUGGCGUGACGGCCCUAACAUGACAUUGGCUCGAGAAAAUGCUGGUGCUCUUUUCUCCGACAAUAAAAUAUAUGUGAUGGGAGGCUGCCAUAUUGACGAGGACUUUGCCAACUGGAUAGAGGUGUUUGACAUGAAGACUCAGUCUUGGACAGCCCUUCCUGGUCCUGGCGCUGAUGAAGACGAGUUACGCAGUCUUUUACAUGAAUGUUAUUACAUAGAUAUAGUUGAUGUGCGUGAUGGAAAGCUUUAUUUAGCGAUAGAUGAAAAGGAGUAUGCUUACGACCCCAAGGAUGGUACGUGGAAACUUGUAAGAGACCAACCUAAUUUUCUAUUGGACACCUUGGUGGUUGCGUAUGAGAUAGAGAAUGUAAUGUACGGCUGCAUGUCCUCUGGAGUAUUAAAGUGGUUUGACUCUAAGACUGACGGUGGAGAAUGGAGAGAGAUUAAAGGUUUGGAGAAACUGCGUGGGCAUUGUACAAAUGGUUUAAGAACUGGGAGAGCGUUUGACAUUACUGAAGAUGGUAGGAAACUUUUAGUUAUGUGGAAACUUUCUGGUGACAAAGGGAAAAACAAGAUUUGGUAUGCGAGGAUAUCUUUAGAAUCAAGAUGCAAUGGACGUGAGGUUUGGGGUAAUGUUGAGUGUGUCGAUGUGCUUACAUUUCCUGGGGAAUCAUUUGAUACAUUUUUUUGUUUAACUGCUUCAGUUUAA